AUGUUUAUAUUGUUUGUAACUUUAUUUGUAAAAAUUACUGGCUAUGCACAAGAGUACUAUGGAGAAGCCAGUCAAAGUGCUUAUGACCAGGGACAAUCCGUUGACUCAGGAUGGGGACAGAGUGGCAGGAGAGGCACUUCUCGAGGCAGUUAUAGGGGUGCUAAUAGAGGCAGAGGCUAUGAUGGCGGCUACGGUGGAGGCGAAGGCAGUGGAAGUUCGGGCGGUGGAAUAGAUCGUAGCUAUGGAGGUGACCAACGAGGCGGUUUUAACAAAGGUGAUGGUAGCUUUAUUCAAUCGUAUACAAUUUUUGUAUCGCAAAUGGAUUCCAGCCUAACUGAAGAAGAUAUUGCGGCUCAUUUUGGAUCAAUUGGUGUCAUUAGGAUUGACAGCAAGAUUCAGUUGAAAACUCUGGCUCCAGCUCAGAAGCGUCUGCAGAAAGUGCCGAGAAAGCAACUGAGCCGGCUGAAGCGGUUGAAGAAAGAGCCCCUUUGGCCCCUGUUUCAUGGAACCUUCCAAGCUGAAGCGCGAAAGGAAGAAAAGAAAAUCGAUAAACCUCAACCAGAAAAGCCGCAACCAUAA